UGUGUGUUCUUCGUUACUCUUCAUUCGGGGAGACGGUGACGAUCGAGUGUCCUCGAUGUUUCUGUAACAGAUCACGUUAUGAUUUCUACGUCUUUAGUCUCAUUAAUCAUAUGCACACUACGAGUUCUUCAGUUUGUUGUUUCCAUCAGCGAUAUAUAUGGGUUAGUAUGUCUCUGGAAAUCGCGAUCUCUUUAUCUCUCUCACACUCAUCUCUUAUAAUCAACUGACAGCCGAGCAGAUCGCCAAGUUCAAGGAAGCCUUUAGCCUCUUCGACAAAGACAACGAUGGUUGCACCACUACCAAAGAGCUGGGAACUGUUAUGCGUUCUCUAGGACAAAAUACAACAGAGGACGAGCUACAAGACGUGUGAUCAACGAGUCGACGCAGAUGGAAACGGCACCAUCGACUUAAUCUCACAAUGAGGGACAUGGCGAAAGAAAAUGACAAGCUCCAUGAUGAAUUUGCAUCUACUUUCUCCACAUCGGAUGUCAAUGACUCGCCGAUGCAAGACCGUGAGAACAAAGAAGCAACAUAUGCUAUAGUGGAGACUUCAAUGAAGCAGGUCACGUUAUUGCAAGAGAAACAUGGACAAGCUGUAUCAAACAUUAGAGACAAAGCAGAACAGUCUCUCAUAAAAGACUAUCAGCUUGAUCAGCGCAACAACGAGACGCCAAAGAAACUAGCUAUAAUCGUGCCGAGCUUGGCGUCGAUUGAGGAGAUGAGGACUUUGUUUCCGAAGAAUAUUCUGAGUGAAGAUGCCUCAAGCAUGGAGAAAAGAUCAGCUAAACAUGGACAAGACGAAGCUAACAACAAAACUCCAUUCUUGGAAGUGAACAUAUGAUUAUUGAUUAGAUAAAAGAGGUGCCCGCUCUGGCAGUUGAGUUCAUCAACUGGAUGAGUCUAGCAGAGUAUGAGUGUGUAAAGAUGACAUACGACUGUAGUACGCAAGCUUAUUUUGUUCUGGAUUAGCUUGUUGCCUACCGGUUAAAUUUGGUUAAU